AUGGCAGCAGAUAUGUCUGGUCAAGUUGACGUACCGCAUCUACUAGGCACUUUAUUCAAAGAUGUAGCUGACCCCAUCCAAACCGAACAGGAAAGGGAUCUACGACUAUACCCAGAGACAAUUUUGCAAAAAUCCGAAAAUGGCAACAAGCUCUAUGCUUCGUUUCAAAGAUAUUCACCGCAGUUUAUCAAAGCUGUAGAUGACCUGGAGAAGAAGCAAGUUUUGCGAUGGCGAAGCUCAAAUACAGAGUCAGCUCAGAGAAUAAUACUUGAUAGCUGGAUAGCUCAAAAUUCAGACGUGGGCUCAACCACAACUAAAAAUACAUCUAAAUUACCAACCUCGAUAUCAUCCAAAGGCAGAGCUAACAAACUCUUUGUGUGGUCAUCUAGCGACUCCUACAUUGAGGAGAAAAAGAGGCAACUACAGUUACGGAAAAGUAUCGAGGGGAUAUCGUCACAGCCAGACAAACCUGACAAGUCUUUAACUGACAAAGAAGAGAAGCCAGUUGAGCAUGAUACCAAGUUGGAAGCUCUACAGCAGCAAUUACACUUGAAAUUGUCUACAGAUAGAAUAAACAAUAAACUUUCUAGAAAGAUUGAGAGUGAGGCCAAUCGAUUUAUUCAUGCACGAAUACAAAAAAUACGAAACCAUCAUAGUGAGCAGAUGAUGAACCAAAUCAAUGAACGUAAGAAGAAAGACCAUGAAGUGUAUUUGCAAAGACUUAAAAUCAAGGAAGAAGAAUAUGAAAAAUCGAUACGACAAGAUCAGGAGCAAGUGGCUGGUGCAAAGAAGCUUAAUUUUUUCGGUAGUUUAUUUGGUCUUAGUGGUGGCACGAUGUCACCAAGUGCAGAGCCUGGAAGUCCAAUUGAGGUAGAAGGUCAAGUGACAAAGAACGGUACAAAAACUUUCUCAAAGGGCAAACGAUCAACCUUGUUUGGUAUGCAGUCAUUGUUUUCUAGCGGCAAUGGUUCCAAAAAGCAUGUGGACAAAACGGUUAUGUUUGAUGCUGAAGACAAAUCAGACACCCAAUCCAUUGCCGGCUCAAAUAUAUCGACGAAUGCGAAUUUAGAGGGAGGCGAGUUAGCAUCAGCCACAACCUCUGAUUCCGCAACUCACUCAGACACAAAGACGCUGGAGAUACGUGUACCUUUAUUUAAUGUUGACGAUUUAGAGUCAUUGGAGAUGAAACGAUCUCCUCAAAAGUCAAACCGGUUAGACGUGGUGGGACAUAAUGGAAGCCCCAGUAAAGGCCGCAAUGAGGCAGAAGACUCUGACGAUGAUUUCACUGAAUUUACCGCAGUGACGGAGGCCACUUCGGAGAACAAUCUGGUAUCAUCACCACCGAUUCUAGCACCGGUGCCGAAACUAUCGCGUAAUUUCUUCUCGGUGGAAAAGGCAAAUGCUAAUGCUACGCCCGCACUUUCGGGAAAUGAGUUGAUUGAUUUGUUUGAUACAAAUGCACUGCGGCCUGACUCACUGGGUAUAGAGACACCCGCUCCUCUAUCCCAACUGCAAGACAAGAUGGAUGUUAAUUUAUUGGAAUUGUAA